AUGACGACAACGGCAAGUCGACCGUUUGACGCAAAAACGUACGACACACUCACCAACCAGGACACCAACCCGUUCGCAGACAAACGCUCGCCAACGAUCGAGGAAGAGGACGAACCGCAGGUCAUACAUGUCGUACCGGAGACGAGCAAAGCACGGUGGAACCACAUCGAGGAUUUGGAUUCGUUCUUCACCCGCGUUUACAUCUACCAUCAGAAGCAUGGAUUUUACGUGAUGAUGCUACAGAAGCUGUUUGAGCUUUUCCAGUUUGUGUUUGUCGUCGUACUGAUCACGUACAUGUUUAACUGUAUAGAUUAUGCAAUUCUUUUCCGCGAUAAAAUCAUCGAUCUGGAAACGAAAGUAUCGCUCGGCGAUGCGAUGAUCGGGGUGUCGGAGUGUGCGGCCAACCUCGGUGCAUUUCAAUGGUUGGCACUGGUGCUGGCAGGGAUCUUUUGGACGUUUCGGUUGUUUAAAUUCUUCUAUCAAUUUUUCCAAUUUUGGGACAUUAAAAUGUUUUACAAUACAGCACUGAAGAUCGAGGAUGCUGAUCUGGACAAUCUGACUUGGCACGAGGUACAAAAGUGCAUACGAGAAGUGCAAUCCGAGAUACAGAUGAGUAUCAACAAAGAGCAACUGACUGAGCUAGAUAUUUACCAUAGAAUAUUAAGAUUUAAAAACUACAUGGUGGCCAUGAUGAACAAAUCGUUGCUGCCUGCCACGAAGAAGCUGCCAUUACUAGGAAACGUAGUACUAAUGAGUCAAGCGCUCCGUUACAACAUAGGAUUAAUACUGUUCUGGGGACCAUGGUCACCGUUCGAAAACAGCUGGCAUCUACGGGAGGAAUACAAACGGCCCAACAUGAGGAACGAGCUGGCAGCGAAACUAUCGAAACAAAUUCUGUGGGUUGCGGUUGCAAAUCUCAUCCUCUCGCCCUUUAUAUUCAUCUGCCAGUUGAUGUACUUUUUCUUCAACUAUGCUGAUCUAAUAAAAAAAGAACCCGGUACGCUGGGUGUACGAUGUUGGUCACAGUACGGCAAGCUGUACUUGCGCCACUUUAACGAACUUGACCACGAGCUGGAUGCGCGCCUUACCCGCGCAUACCGACCGGCGGUAAAAUAUAUGAACUCUUUCUCAUCGCCCUUGCUAACUGUCAUAGCAAGAAACGUAGCAUUCGAUGCGGGUGGGGUUGCGUCGCUUAUACUGCUGCUGGCCAUCUACGAUGAGGAUGUAUUUCAGGUGCAGCACGUGCUUACCCUCUUUACGAUCCUUGGAAUGAUCAGCGUUAUUGCAAGAUCACUUAUACCGGACGAAAAUAUGGUUUGGUGUCCGGAGCAGCUGCUAAGAAAUGUGUUAGCUCACGUGCACUAUUUACCCUCAACCUGGCGUGGCCUAGCGCACAGUUCAAACGUUCGCGAUCAAUUUGAACUGUUUUUCCAGCUGAAAAUUAUGUACAUUCUGAACGAACUCUUCAGCCCGCUGGUGGCACCGUUCGUGUUGCUGUACGAUUUACGGCCCAAAGCGCCCCAGCUAGUUGAUUUCUUCCGCAACUUUACGGUCGAUGUGGUCGGCGUCGGUGACGUGUGUUCCUUCGCCCAGAUGGAUGUCCGGAAGCACGGUAACCCGGACUGGCAGGUACCGAUCGUGGUGGACGAUAAGGAUAGUGAGAGUGAAACACCUCUUGUAUCUCCGGAAGAGGUUGGUGGUCAUAGGAUCGGUGUGCCACCGUCCGCCGGCCUUAAUGCGCCGGCCGUCGGUGCCACCCCUUACAAUCAGGGCGAGCACGGUAAAACCGAACUCUCACUCGUACACUUCACACUCACCAACCCAACCUGGCAAAUGCCACCGGAAGCGAAACAGUUCGUGCAGGGCAUCAAGCGACACGCGCUGCAGGAUCUUAACAGGCAAAGGGGAAUGUUGCUCGGUCUACACAACCCAACCGCAAUGGGACAGAGUUUGCUGUCGAUGGAAAGCAUGGGCGCCGAGUAUUCGUCCAUCAUUCAACCCAUUCUGCAGACGCAUAAUCUUUCGAACUCGCAGCACCUUGGCCUGUCGAUGCAUCUCGGAGGAUUCGGAUCACCCAUUCCACCAAUGACGCCGGCCUUCGGGCAAGGAAUGAUGCCAUCGACAGCUUAUCAUCAGCAGCAGCCGGGACAACACGGUGCCGGAGUGCAAUCGUCCCACCAGUAUCACUUCGGACCGCAAUCACACGAUUUUGAGCGAAUGUUGCAGCAAAAUCUAACCGACGCCAGUACGGUCGCACCAAUGCCUAGUCGCAGUACCUUCCUGGCAGAUAUUAACGAGAACGAGGACGAAACGGGUCCGCCUUCGCUGACGCCAGAAGUUCCACAAGCAGGCACGAGUAGUCGUGUGCAGAUGGCCAGUGUUGCGCCUGCUACGAUGGGACUGGAACAGGAGUUUGUUGAAUCAAGCCGGUAUGGGGCGUGCAACGACGGGAUGGUCUUCAGCAAUCGGGGUGGAAUGUCUCGCCGUGAAGGACCUGCGGAAGGAUCACGCAACGGAUUGCUUUCGAGUCUGUAUGCCGAAAUGCCCACCAAUGUUCCGGCACCGUACGAAUUUACGACGGCCGACAUGUGUCUUAGUACCCUGUACCUGCAUGAGUUGCAUCACAAUCACUUGCGACGUAACGGUGGUAGCCUGAGGCUUGACAUGGGCUCACCACCUCCACCGAGCUCAUCCCAACGACCCUCGACCUUUGGUCGUUUUGUGGGACCGGGAGGAUUCCGGCCAUUCGGUUCGGUCGCACAACCAUCGCUAGUCAGCCAUCCGUUGCGUACGAUAGCGCCGGGCAUUAUCGGUGGCGAUACUGCUGGACCUUCCUCCGGUUCGAUGGCGGGUGCGCGAAACAGCGGCGGAUCGGUAGUGGCUGCCGAACGGACCCCUUUGCUCGGUGGCAAAAAGUCAUAGCACCAGGCGGAAUGGGUCUAA